AUGCCUCCUUUUGAAGGUGACGGUGGAAAAAAGCGCAAACGGAUUAGAAAACCUUCAACACCGGCCGGUAUCACCUUGAGCAACUCUUUCCAACUUGAAAGGCAGCACACACUUCUCUCACAACAACCUCAAGAACUUUCCGGAAGUCAUUUGACAACACAAGACCGAAAUUCAACUCCUUUCCAACUGCAACAACUGGACCAAAUGGAUAUGGACGAAAAUCAAGCACCGCAAAGUCCUGACGGAAAUUCUUCAACCGAUCCCCAAGUAACCAGUCUCAUUAAAUAUUUCCGAAGUGAAGGUUACAAAAACAAAAGAGCAAUUGAGGAUCAACACUGGGAGGAAGUCUAUGGAGAUAUGUUCUCUUGGUUCAACAAAUGUGCAACUAAGACGUCCGAUUGGGGAAACACCAACCUGUGGAAUCACGACUGGAAAGAACAAUGCUUGUGUGAUAAAACUCGAUGCCGCCUUGUUGUGCUAGUUGAUCUACUCAGUCGAAAGCAGGAAGAGGUUGUAUUCUGUGAAUACCAGCCCGACCAGACCCGACUUAUCCAAAUGGGAUACAUCGGAGGUUCCCCCAAGUUUCCUAAGACUGCUUUCUCAAUUCGUCUCCUACAGUUCCACCAUAUACUUUGGAAGUAUAGUGCGGUCGCUAUCACUCCUUUUUCCAAAGCAAUUGACGAGUUCUUGGAUACAAGCAGCCCUCUCAUUCUUGUGAACCAAAAAGAUUCCAACAAUGAAAAUUCCCAUAGUACUCGUAAAUGGAGAAGAACAAUGACAUCAGCUAUAGAUGCCUAUCGCGAGAUGCUUAGACGAGAGGCAUUGGUAUCCGAGGAGAUGCUGUCAAUGGGGCCAAUGGAUCAACUUGCGGAGACUUGUCUGAAAUGCUUUGGUCCUUCUUUUCCAGGAAAAGAACCAGAAGAACCGGAUUACAUUGUAUGCACGGACGGAAACUUCCAGCACCGACGGCACCUUGCAGCAAGUAUUGAACCCUCCAACAUUAAGACACCACACCUGUUUAUCGAACCAGACGAGGUCAAACAUAUGCAAACAAUGAUGCAGAAUCAACUAAAUAGCAAUGAAGCUAGCAGCAAUGACCCUUGUUCUGAGCAGCACACAGCUGCAAAUGAUGUUAGAGCUGCAAGCACAUGGGCUGCUUGCGAUGAUACGGGGAUAUUCGGAAUGGCGUGCCGACAUGAUCAAUUAUUAAGGAUGAUGAACAUUGUACAGAGUGGAGAAAAGGCGUACUACCCCAUGACCAUGAUCAAACACAUCUUAUCCAAGACCAAUGUUGAUGGAAAUGAAACCAAGAGGAUUGGUUUCCUAUACGAUAUUGGGUGCCACAUUGAAAAAGGCAUUAUGAAGCGAAAUCAAUUUUCAGUAGAAAGGAGUGCCAAUCAGCUGAUGUUUGGAACCAUGGAUUUGGGCUUACUUGUCGCCUUUGAUCAGUCAACUCCAAUACUCAACCAAAAAUCACCGCCUGGCUGCUUUGGAUCUUAG